AUGUCGGCUGCCUUUUUGGCAAUUUGGGCCAGAAAUUGCGUCCAACAUGGAAAACUAACUUGUGAAGCUGCUUGUGGCGGGUCCGUUACAAAUUUGGAUGGUUAUAUCACCUCACCGAAUUGGCCCAAUGAAUAUCCAACAAACAAAAAAUGUGUCUGGCAAAUCGUAGCUCCACCUCAACAUAAGAUUUCUAUUCAAUUUGAAAAGUUUGAAUUAGAAGGAAAUGAGGUUUGUAAAUACGAUUAUGUGGAAAUCCGUAGUGGUUUGAGUGACGACGCUAAAUUUCACGGAAGUUUUUGUGGACUUGAACUUCCUCCUGUCAUCAGAUCAACAAUAAAUGAAAUGAGCCUCGCUUUUAAAUCAGACGAUACUGUUUCCAAAAGGGGUAAGUCGUCGUAUUUGAAGGCGUUGUGUUUAAUGGACUUUGUAUUGCUUCACCGAAUUAUAGUAACAAAACAGCUGUUUUGACAAUUAUAUUCUUUA